AUGUCCUCCACUGCUGUUGUUAAAAGUUUGCAUGAUGAGGACUUCUGCCUUCAAUCUCCUGGAGUCACUGUGCUUCUCCUGAGGUGGGUCGGGCCCUAUGUUGAGAAGCUCCUGUCCCUGGACUGUGUUGCAGGCUGGCUCCGAGUGUUGGCCCUGAGGGCAGGAGUGGUGGCCAUCAGGGGUGAGAAGAGCCAGCGGUACCUGUGCAUCAAAGCCACAGGACGUGUCUACACUCAGGAGUCGUUCUCGGCCGAGUGUGAGCUGAGGGAGAAUAUGGAGGAGAACCACUACAACACCUACUCCUCCCAGCGAUACCCCGGCCUCUACCUGGGCCUGUCCCGCCACGGGGAAGCCAAGAACGCCACCAAAGUGGAGCCCUGGAGGUCAGCGGCACACUUCUUACCCCUGACCGAGAUGCGGUUCUGUCCACCGAAGGGAUGA